ACUGGUGUAAGUCUUUCUAGUCACAUACAGCCAAUGCUAAUCUAAAUUCCAGUCGUUCGAUACGGUGCAUCUCUGCACCAAGUACCGACUAUCAAUGAGUUCAGCCACAGAAUCGCUUGAAUCAGACGAGACUGCAAGUCAUCCUGAAGCGGUGAGCGCCUUUACUGAGAGCCGAGUCUCUCAGGUGGGACACGUCACUUCGAGAGCCGUCCACACCUGCCUGAAUCAUCCUGCCGAGUCAUCGCAGGACGUCACCAUGGCAACUGACGCCCGAGGGAAAUGCCAUCGUAUGUCUGGCCGCCUGGAGCCGCCUCUGCGCGCUGCAGGGGUGUCCGGCUCCGCCUAUUUGUCCGCCGUCCGGCCCCGCCUCCGUCCACUAGCUCGUGCUCCUCCGAAUCGAGAGGUCGGCCGUCCAAGUCUCCGUACCGUACCCAACUCCAAACCAGCAGCCAUGGGUGUCGAUCUGUACUACAUGGACCUGAGCGCCCCGUGCCGCUCGGUUAUGCUGCUCGCUAAGGCCAUCGGACUGGAGCUCAACCUCAAGGUCACCAACAUUAUGACUGGAGAGACCCGCACUCCCGAGUUCAUCAAGAUGAACCCUCAGCACUGCCUGCCUACCAUGGAUGACGACGGCUUCAAGCUGUGGGAGAGCCGCGCCAUUCUGUCGUACCUGGCCUCCAAGUACGGUCCGGCGCACCUGUACCCGAGCGACCCCAAGGAGCGAGCCGUGGUCGACCAGAGGCUCUACUUCGACAUGGGAACGCUCUACGAGCGCUUCGGCAAGUGUGUGUACCCGCUGAUGUUCGGAGACGGUAAGAUCGCCGAUAACGCGCUGGACAACCUGAAGGAGGCUCUCGGCUGGCUGGAGGGCUUCUUCGGCGACAACCAGUACGUCGCUGGUCCCAAACAGACGGUGGCAGACUUCGCCAUCGCCUCCACCGUCGCCACCAUCGAGGCCUGUGAACUGGUCGACCUGGCCGCUUACCCUAAGCUGAGCGCCUGGCUGGCCGCCUGCAAAACGGACAUGCCCGGAUACGCCGAGCUCAACGGUCAGGGUGCCACCGCCUUCGGCGGCUUCUACAAGGCCAAGGUCAAUGCCUAAUCUUGCCAUUACAGGGUCGUCGAUCAUCAAUACUAAAUGUUAGGUAUUACGUUUUGUAUUUGUUGCUGUUCUAACGGGAUGCUUCAAGGACGGCGACGACGUUCUUGUUCCGUACUCACAUGCAAUUGUUGAAAUGAUUGUUCAUGCUCUUGUGUUAUUAUCGGCUACUGCACUUUUGUGAAAGCCCUUGCGUCUCCAUAUUUAACGUUUUCGUACGGUCGUGUUUUGUUUUAAUGCAUUCCGAUCAAGUCAGGCUGUCAAAUACAAAUUUUGUACAAAAA